AUGGUAUCCAGCGUGCUAACGUGUCAAGGCAACUACAAAAUGCAAUGGGGCGCUCCAGUUGCAGGGGACCUUUGGGCUGCCGAAGAGGCGUCUCAGCUGAUUUUCUUGUGGACAGAAAGCACGUCAAUUUGGUACCUGUUGACCAGCUUUACUCCACCGCCGAAACAUCACCAAGAGAAGCCCAAGCGAACUCUGAAAUGCUGCUUUCAGUCGACUUUAAUCUUUGCGCAGAACCCCAUCGCCGCCUGCACCGAAAUCUCGGCAGCUUUUCAAGACGAAGCGCUGACCAGCGGGAAGAACAAAUUCAGCCAGAUAUCUGGCGGCAACUCGCUGCCGGGUCUUGCUACAUUGAGGACUGUCGAUGACCUCGUCACGUCGCUCGUAUCGCUCGGCGUCCCAGGACCGCUGACCUUAUAUAGUCGCUUCGACGAAAGGAGCCGCCUUGGUCAGGGUGCCCAGUUUCUGGUGACUUCGGGCGACGUUUUGUACCCAGAAGACUGUCAGGAAGAGAUUACUACAGUUGAGGUGGCCGUCAAAUGGCCCCUUUUCCAGUAUAACGAAGAUGGAUCUUUGGAUCUUACCUCGCCUCGAUCUCGCCAACAAGUACACGACAUGUAUCUCGAAAUAAUUGCUCUCAGAAACAAGUCCUUGCGCUAUCACAGGGACAUCGUAGACCUGUAUGGUUGGGGUCUGGAUGGCACCUGGUAUGAAAGACCUCUGCUUGUGCUCGAACUUGCUUACGCCGACCUCUCCUCCAUCUUCUCGAAACACGAGUUGGGCCCUGACUCAAUUCACCAGCUCAGCAUCGAUGUCGGACAGGGAUUGGAUGCGAUACAUGCAGCCGGUAUUGUACAUGGAGAUCUCAAGCCGCAGAACAUUCUGGUAUUUCGAAACAACAGGUGUCAACAGGUGCCGUUCAUUGCCAAAUUGGCUGACUUUGGACUGUCCGUGGGCGACCACCAAUCACCUUUGGAUAAGUGUAUCGAGGUCGUGGGCAUGUCCAGUCAGUGGUGUGCACCUGAAAUAUGCCAUGGCUCCAAGCUCACGGUCGCGCAGCUUGUCAAAGCCGACAACUUCUCUUACGGAAUGGUCCUCUGGAGCAUCGCCUUUCUGCGAGGACAUCCUCCGUCCAGCAAGCUUCCAGGAGAUGCCAUGGCGUUGAUCAACUAUCCCACCCGAUUCCCUGAAGCUUUCGCUUCACAACUCAAGCGUGGGUUACCGCUCCUGCUGGCAGAUUCAGUCGAAGCUCGUCCCUUCGAGCGCAGUGAGAUAUUGGUGAGCUGGGGAAUUGCAAGACCAGAUCCGGAUGAGGCUAGUAGGAAAGAACAAGUGAUGCUCGAGCAAGAGACCGACAGUCUACAACGCUCGUUCCCUAUCGAGCCUAUAUCUAUCGAGCCGCUCUACCUCCAGGGCUUGGAGGCAUCGUACAGACGAUACAGACCUACUCUGACAGCACCUCAGCUCCUUUCCUUGUUCCUUGCUUUGACGCAUGGAUCGCCGACCAAAUCUGGCAAGGAGUUACAGCUCGCGGUGUUGCAAGCGGCUAUCAGCAGAGGAAGUGUGCCAGCUCAAGCCAUCAUCGCCGACCUUUGUCACAAUUACGGGGUUGCUUUCGAAAUUGACACCGAGCUGCUGCAAGAUGCUGUCAGGACUGGAUCUUUGAUGGCCUGGAGAAGACUUCAUGACACAGCGCCGAAGGUUGCCGCAAGAGCGUGGGACCAGUUUCGUGAACGAACAGGAUAUAACCAAUUCUACUCGCCGUUGCCUGCCAUCGCAGAAUGCGACCUUGCCUAUAGGGAUGAGUACCAGAAUAACUAUCUCCAUAUCAUGGCUGCCACAGGAAAGCAUAUUGAGCUUAAAAGUGCCCUGAAGACUGGUGACUUAAGAGCGUCAAUCAACACUUGCAACAUAUUUGGCGAGACCGCCCUCUACAAAGCUUGCCUUGCUGGCCACUGGCAAGCCGUAUCAGUCUUGUGUGAGCAAGGCGCAGACGCGUCGAUUCGAUCCGGGAUGAUCGGGCUCACUUGUCUUCACUGGCUGUUCAGCUUCUCGCCUGCACAUAUUCGAACCAUACUCACGGCCCUGCUGAAAGCAGGGGCCAAUAUCGAAGCUUGUACAGAACCUGUGUCCUGGAUGUCAAAUCUACAUUUUCCGUUCUCCUGGCCUCCAGGCUCUCCACUCCAUUGGGCGAUCUUCACGGGAUGCACCAUAGCAACCACAGAAUUGCUCAUGAAAGGCGCAAAUCCCAACGCGCGUGAUGGUCGUGAUCCAUAUAUCACAGACGAGAACGUACGAGUGAUGCGAAUUCAUGGCAAUGCCGAAGAAGGAGAGUACUCAGAAUCAGACGAUGAGACUGGAGGCUUCACGGUGGUUGACCUAGCUGCAGCUAUGCAUGAUGCGAAAGCUCUGCAGCUUAUACGCAGACUCAGCACUCACCCAAUCAUCAUGAGCGAGGACGAAGAAGGAUAUACACCUAUUCACCGCCUAUCGUACUUGCGAAUGUCCCGGACAAGCAAUAAACUACGGUUCUGGUAUCCAGCAUUUGUAGGAACACCUGCUGAACGGAAGCAGAAAAUCGUGGAGACGAUCCAAGAACUCCAGAAGAUGGGCGCCGAUAUAGACCAGCUUACCAAGACACCAAUGAAUCCUGGCCGCAGUCUGGUGUCCGGUCUCACACCACUCAUGAUAGCAGUGACCGAGACUGACGACAUUGCCACCUCUGCCCUUCUCCAAUGUGGAGCAGACCCAAACAUCGCAAACGCCAACGGCGCAACAGCCUUGGUACUACUUCCCGACAGGUCACACGAUUUCAGCGACCUAUUCGUCAUCAUCGAUCUGCUUGUGAAAAGCGGCGCUAAUACCAACCAUAAAGCGAACGAUGGGACCACGCCAUUGUUGACUGCCGCCCGACGAGCAGGCACGCUUUACAGACAUAUCAUUAAUGCCGGGGCCGACCUUAAGACCACGUGCCGUGGCAUCAAUGUGCUUGCUGAGCUAUUGUACAGCAAAUCUCAUCCACGCUGCAUGCAUGAAGGAUUGAGUACCAGCGAAGAGUCCCUCGCACAAGACAAUUAUCUCGCACAGCUCAUCGUUUCCAAAAUCCCGGAUCUUGGAAUUUGGGCUUGCAAUGUAGACAAGGAUAAUGGAAGUCUGCUACACUACGCAGCUGCAUCGGGACUGGUGAAGUGUGUCGAGGUGCUUAUUGCUGCGGGUCUGGAUGUCAAUCAAGUUCGCAAAAAUCAUUUUUCUGGCCCCUCAACGCCGCGGGACUAUAGUAGUACUACGAUCUUCAUUGGCGAGGGCACACCGCUCGAUGUCGGUCACGAGACGAUUGGUUGCUCCGUCGGUCACCCCGGUUGGAAGGAUUUUGGUGGCUGCAGGUGGUACAAGUUCGAAUGGGUUGUGGGCAAAGCACUCCGAACCACCACUUUCCCGCUUGCUGCGAGUCUCCAUGCAUUCGAGGAGGGCGGUUGUGUUGGGAAUGAGGCUGAGAGGAAAUUUGACGAGACCGCGAAGAUAGCAAGAGGCGAGCGGGUUCAGCAUACGAAGCCUGGGAUAAUACUACAUGACUAUCCGCUGCGCUCACGAUGGCCGACGAAUGUGCCAGCCGCUCCAUUAGUGAUCUGA